UCAAUAGUUCAGUUGAAUGCAACAUUGUAGCACACUAGCCUAAUAUAUCAAUUCAUGUUUUAUGUCUUGAGAGACCCUAUGGAGUAAUGCAUUGUGGGAGUCAAAGCUAGGCAGUGGUUCCGUAUUUGGUACUUCUUGCCAACGUAAGCUAGCUAGCUAGCUGGCUGGCUAAUGUGUUAUUUUGCCCCGAAAUUGGGAGCAGGAGUGAAGGAAUGGAGGAGAAUGAAUACCUCGAUUCACCGCACUGUUAAUUUCGGCAGAGAAAGCUGCACAGCACGACUAAUAUUUUAGUGGGUUCCAUGCACAACUCUACACUGCAGCCUCUGAGACCAACAUGCCUUAUGGGAAUCUCACAUGGCAUCGCUUAUAUUCCACAAAGACACAUGUCUACAUUCUAAAAAUGUGUGCUAGCAACAAGUGUUAGCAACCAACAGAAUUUUAAACUGUUUUCUAUCAAGACUCCCUGCCUGCCUCUCUUCCUGCCUGCCUCCCCCAAGCACAGCAGUGCCAUUAGAAAUUGCAAACCUGCCUUUUUUCAGUUUCUCUACAAUCAACUCCUCUCCCUUCCCAAGGGGGGUGACUGCCUGUCAUGAGAUUCCGAGUCUACAAGAGGAAGGUGGUGAUACUGACGCUGGUGGUGGUGGUGUGUGGCCUAGCCUUCUGGACCAGUGGGAAGCAGAAGAAGAGCAGUGGGGUGGUGGUCCUGAAAGAGGCUGAGGGGGUGAGGAGAAGCAGCAGUAGCCAGGUGCAGCCACAGCCGCAGGCCACACCUGCAGUCAGCCAGAUACCUAACCUACCACCCAUCGCACCUGUCAACGAGACACACCCGAAGAACCAGCCUGAAAAGCACCUGGAGGAAGAGGAGGUGGUAAAACCAGAGGUGGACAACACCACCCAGGUCUACCGUGGCAUUGUGUUCCAGCUCAACUUUGACCAGACAGUGAGACAUGAGGAGCAGUUCAGGGCAGCGAGGAAGAAGGACGAUCUGGUGGUGGUGGUCCAGGUGCACAACAGACCUGACUACCUGAGGCUGCUGGUGGAGAGUCUGAGAAAGGCCAGGGGCGUGGAGAGCAUCCUGCUCAUCUUCAGCCAUGACUUCUGGUCCCCCGAGAUCAACCAGGUGGUGGCCUCAGUGGACUUCUGCCAGGUUCUCCAGAUCUUCUUUCCCUUCAGCAUCCAACUGUACCCCCAGGAGUUCCCGGGCCACGACCCCAGGGACUGCCCCAGAGACAUUUCCAAGAUAGACGCCUUAAAGCUGGGCUGCAUCAACGCAGAGUACCCCGACUCGUUUGGCCACUACCGUGAGGCCAAGUUCUCCCAGACCAAGCACCACUGGUGGUGGAAGCUGCACUUUGUGUGGGACAGCGUCCGGGCCCUGAAGGACCACCGGGGUCUGGUGCUUCUCAUCGAGGAGGACCACUUCCUCUCCCCUGACUUCCUCCACUUCCUCAAGCUGAUGUCGAUCCUGAAGAGGGAGAAUUGCCCUGACUGUGACAUCCUAUCUCUGGGGAGCUACGGCCACAUCAGCUACCCCAGUAAAGCCAACAAGGUGGAGGUGAAAGCCUGGAAGUCCACCGAGCACAACAUGGGCAUGGCUCUGAGCAGGGAGACCUACCAGAAACUCAUUCAAUGCACCAACGCCUUCUGCACCUAUGACGACUACAACUGGGACUGGUCCCUGCAGCACCUGACCGUAACCUGCCUGCCCUCCUACUGGAAGGUCAUGGUGAGCGAAGCACCCCGCGUCUUCCAUGCCGGGGACUGCGGGAUGCACCACAAGAAGUCUGUGUGCAUGCCGUCCAGCCAAAAGACCAAGAUAGAUACCAUUCUACAGAGCAGCAGCAAUCAGCUGUUCCCCAAGAACCUGCUGAUUACUAAGAGACUUCCGGCUAACGGGGCAGGGGGGGUGGCGCCCCACGUGAAGAACGGCGGUUGGGGGGACAUUAGGGACCAUGAACUCUGCAAGAGCUACCCUCGAUUACAGUGACCUUAUUAUAAUUGUUAGGCCUAUAUCGUUACUAUUCUCUUUUUUGCAUCCUCUGAAUUUAAGAAAAAGAAAGCCUUUUUGAAAAUAAUCUUCAUGGAAUAUUUCAUCAUAUUGCCUGUUUUAUCUGACUCUUCCAAAUAAACAUUUUGUUGGGUUUGGG